AUGCAAUCUCUGGCCUCUAAAGAUUUCGGCUCUGAUGCGCUAAUCCGGCGCUAUUUUAGCUCAGCUCAAUGUUUCACUACGACGCUGACAAAUCAGGUGGAUGACAAUCGAAUGACAGGAUCGCUACUUGCACUUGGCGUGCUCAACACCACCUCGUCAGGUUGCUGCUGUGGAGCCUGGACUGAACAAUUCUGGUCCGACAAGAGUGAGAGGCAACUCUUCUUCAGAGAGUUGAGGAUCGAGCUGCUUGAUCGAUCUCCAGAUGACGAAGACGCCAGGCUCCAACAACUGGCUUUCAGACAGAGGCUUGAGAAUGCAAAGUGUCCAUAUGGAACAACGUUGCCCAUGGAUGUCACCUGGCCAAUGGUUCCAGAGGACAUUGCCAUGAUGGUCGAACCAAUCACGUUCCUGAAGAUUUUGGCUGUUAUCUACGGCUACCUACCUCUUCUUCCCGUUGCAUUUGUCCUUGUGGACAGUGCUAUCAAUCGAGAAACACGCUAUUUGUGGAUCUUGCUGUGGCUUGGAUUCCUUCUGUGUGUCAACGAGGGCAUUGUGAAGAAACUCGUUGCAGAGCCAAGACCGGGCAGCAUGAUGGAACUGCGUGGACGAAACGGUCUGCUGGAAGGUUCCUGUGUGGAGACAUGUGGCAUGCCGUCCAGUCAUGCAGCCAUUUCCAUGGGAUGGUUUACCCUGUCAGUUCUCGAUGCGAUCAGCAAGACGGACACCAGUGGAGACCACAUCGAUGAUACAGGUUCAUCUCGAGAUGUCUUGGUGGCAGAGCAGCGAAAAUGGGGAGACUUCAUCAGGAACUUCUGCUGGAUCCCUUGGGUUGAGAAGACAGAUCUGACGGUCAGAGAAUUUAUUUCGAUUGUACUUUACUGGUGUUUGCUGCUGGUGCCUGUGCCCUUCAUGAGGGUUGUCUUACGCGAUCAUACUGAGAGUCAGGCGUUUGCUGGCUGUAUUCUUGGCAUGACACUUGCCAUGGUUUGGUGGCGGGUGCUUCGAGUACUUGAAAGGAGGUAUCACAUCACGUUGAGAGGACAGCCACGACUAGCUACGCCUCGGAGGCCCACUGAAGUGGAAAUGGGUGCUCCAUGAGUUGAACAGCCAUGCUUUGCGAGCAAACGGCGAUGCCGAUCGACGC